CAUUUGUCUCCAUUUGUAUAAAAUCCGCGUUCGCUGUUCCCAAAGAUUCGUUCUUUUUUCUCCCCCCUCUCUCCCUCUCCCUCUCCCUCUCGGAGGAGACCCCUCUCUCGUUUGAGAAGAGAUCGGGAUCUCCCGAUCGCGUCAUGGCGUCCCUUCUCGAAUCGGGCUGGCAGUACCUGACUACAAAUUUUAGUGAUUUUCAAUUGGCUACCUUUGGCACAUUCAUAAUACAUGAGAGUGUCUUUUUCCUGUCUGGAAUCCCGUCUAUCUUCCUUGAAAGAUCUGGGCUUUUCAGCGAAUACAAAAUUCAGAAAAAAGUCAACACCCCAGCUGCUCAAUGGAGAUGCAUCGUGAAACUUGUCCUGUACCAUGUUUUUGUGAACUUGCCGAUUAUGGUACUUUCAUAUCCAGCAUUCAGAUACAUGGGCCUGAAGAGCAGUCUUCCACUGCCACCCUGGCCUGUUGUCUUAUCACAAGUUAUUUUCUACUUCAUUUUGGAAGACUUUGUGUUCUACUGGGGACACAGGAUGCUACACACAAAAUGGUUGUACCAGCAUGUCCACAGCGUUCAUCAUGAAUAUGCUACCCCAUUUGGUUUGACUUCUGAGUAUGCUCAUCCUGCUGAGAUAUUGAUGCUUGGAUUUGGUACCGUGCUUGGUCCUGCCCUGACUGGUCCUCAUCUAUUCACUCUUUGGUUAUGGAUGUCACUGAGAGUCAUAGAGACAGUGGAGGCUCAUUCUGGCUAUGAUUUUCCAUGGAGCCCUUCAAAGUUUCUGCCGUUGUAUGGAGGUGCUGAAUUUCAUGAUUUUCAUCAUCGUGUGCUUUACACCCAGUCUGGAAAUUACUCAUCAACUUUUACUUACAUGGAUUGGUUAUUCGGCACCGAUAGAGAUUACUGGAAGCAGAAGGCCCUGGAGGGCAAGAAUGGCAAAGAUUUCUGAGGAGCAUAGCAUCUCGAAAGAGUCUUUGUAUGUCCUCAUAAAUGUGUUCAGGUUAUAUAAUACUAAGGGAUGUAUAAUUCCUAGAAUCAUAUUAUGGGCUUAACAUGUGUUGUCCGGCUUGUGUAAGCUUUCUCGUGGACUUUAUAAAGGGACAGGGAGGCUAUAUUUAUGCUCUGCCCAAUUAUGUGUGAGAAUUGAGAAGGCUGAUGAUGUACUCUCGUACCUUGCUUAAUUUCGAAUAAGAGAUAUAAUGUGAUUGCAAGGGUGUGUGAUU